CCUUGGUGCCAGCCAUGCCCGCGUAUCAAGGCAUCGUUCUAUGAUCCCAUGGCUCACAACUCUGCGAAGCACAACAUUAAGCCAAUAAUGAUAAGGCGUCCGCCAACAAUUGUUUGCUACAUUUGUGGUCGUGAAUAUGGAACAAAAUCUAUCAGCAUCCAUGAGCCACAAUGCUUGAAAAAAUGGCAUAAUGAAAACAACUUGCUGCCUAAAGAGUUAAGGAGACCAGAACCUAAGAAACCAGAGGUCAGGACCAUAACUGCCAAAGGUUUCUAUGAUCUCGAUGCCUUAAACGAAGCUGCUUGGACAAGCACCCAGAGCCAGUUGGUUCCCUGUAAUAUUUGUGGGCGUACCUUCCUGCCAGACAGCCUGAUUGUUCAUCAACGAUCUUGUAAACCCAAAGCUGCCAAGUAAAGCCCUUUUCUCUCUA